AUGCUAGCAUCUCUCCCUCUAGAAAUCAUCGAAAACAUUUGCGACAAGCUGAACGGUAUUGACCUCCAACGGCUCUCGCUGACGGCAAAAUGGCUACACAAAGUAACAUUUCGCCAACUUUGGCGUUCCCUGACUAUUAAGCCCUGUCCUGAGAGCGAGCGACAUUGCAUAAACCCUUAUGGCCCUCCGCAGCACUGUCUUCAGUAUACGAGAGAGCUCCGCUUCGAUCCUGGUGUUGACGCAGACCUGAAGCGAUGUAUGCAUGCUAGUGACUGGCUUGGUUACAUGGGCAACUGGACCGAGAAAGUCCCUCUUCAUCAGUAUACCUGGGAGGCUAGGGGCGAUAGUUUUGGGUUAGGAGGUGGAAAGCUUGUGAGGGUCAAAUUUGAGUGUCUUGCGCAGAGGGCCGUGAUUUUGCUGAAUCGUUUCAAUGCCGGGCAACUCGAAUCAUUUAGCUGGAACUAUACUUCUUGCAUCCCCUCUGAGAUUCUCGAGAUUCUGAGUCUCAAGCAUCCAUCCAUACAGAGCCUUAGUCUCGUCACAGAUCCCUUCUGUAGCAGAUUCAACCGCUGGAGUCGAACUGCUGACUUAGACCUCUCGGCCUUUCGUAACCUUCGACGGCUCAGCUGGAAAGCACCUAUGGGUUGCCAUUUCGACAACAUUGCUAGCUUAGUCAAGGCCAACGCGAGACAUCUUGAGGACCUGGAAUUGGAGCUGCACGGCUGGUCUCCAGAUCAUGAGUCCAAGGUCAUGCAACACGAUGAUAACCCUGAAGUAUGGGAUAACAUACAAGCGAGCGCUAUGCUUGCUCGGAAGACGUUUGGUCUCGAGGUGACGACCUCGAGAGCAGCUGAGCAGAUAUGCUUUCCGAAGUUGCGAAGGUUAAAACUCACCAGGGCCCCUUUAAGAGAUGAGAACGGAGGUGCAAAAAUAGCGUCCUCCAUUGAUUCCAGUGCUCUGAGGUUUCUGUCUUGCGUACUGGAUAACCUUCCUAUCUAA